CUUUGCUUUAUGUUGCAACGAUUUUCUAAUACAAAUGUGUCCCCAGUUACUUAGAUUUAGCACACAGUCGGACCAACACGGUUUGACAGAUUUAUCUGUUUAUUAUUGUUAUUUAUAUUACGCUUCAUUGAUUAUCAUUGACACAAAGAGACACGUGUGGAAUUAAUUGGACAUUGGGCUAGUAAGGUAUUGUGCAUGUGCAAGGAUACUUCAAAAAGUACGACGUUCAACAUUACCUGAGGCAAAUGGCAUUAAAAAGUUUUAGGAAGCUAUGAUCAUGUGAUUACUGUACCUUCAUUUCGUGUGUUAGAGUUUGAUAGUGUUACAUAUUAAGAAUUAAAUGCCUGUGCAAAAUGGAAUAAAGUGUUUGAGGUAAAAGUGUGCAGUGAUAGUAAUGCCUGGAACAGCUACAGGGUCAGCCCAUCAAGGGACGGGUCAUGGGCGCAGUGUUCCUAAACCAAUGGCUCCUGUUCCACCUGCUGGUCAGGGGGCACAAAGUAAUACGCGAUCGGGAAGUUCUAGUUCAGGAAAUUAUCCAGAUGUAACGGCAGGUAUUGUGGAUAUUUAUGACCCUGGGGCUAAUGCUACAAGUCGGACUAAUUUGGUAGAAACAGAAUCUGUUGUUCCAGAUUAUCCUAUGGAUUCAUUACCUCGUCCUGUUAGUACAAGAUCACUACCAAAUCAAGACAAUGUGACAACCAGUCAGAAUUUAGAAUCAGACAGAAAUAUUCCUGGAACUAGUUACAGGACUAGUGAACCUGGUCAAACUGUUCUUCCUGUAUCCAGUCUUUCAUCCAGUGCUGUGAAUUUGCCAGUUCAUGUUCCAGUAAGUUCUGUGGCAGCAAGAAUACCUGCAGAAAUUCCGCCGCAGGUUUAUUCAGUGGCACAUUCCGCCCAUUCGCUAACUCCACCUGUAGUGUCUCAGUCCAAUGUGAAUGUUAAUGUUAGCCAUGCGCAGGCACAGCCAGCCCUUGUGGCUGGUGACCCUAGACAAAUUCGAACUCAAGACAUAAAUGUUGGAAUAGUUUCGCGUCUUGACCAUCAAAGACAGAGUGGCAACAUAUUACCUGACCUUGUUGCCCACUCCCAACCACCUCCUCCAGCACGUCAAACCUCUAGUUCACAAAGACCACCAGUGCCUUUAGUUGACCCGAGAAUUGCUCAAGGUCAUAGAUAUCCAGACCAGCAUUCUAGACAUCGUCAUCAUCGUGACCGGCGGCAACCUGGUCGAUCACGGCGGCACUCACAUCGACAUAGUCAGCAAGCCAUAGAGGAACCUUGCAAGGAGUCAUGUUACAAAUGUCUUGCAGUAGGCACAUCAUUUCGAUGGAUAUUAGUCGUGUUGUCGUUACUUGGUGUUUGCUGUGUGGUAACAGGCAUCGUCCUUGCUGCCCUCCAUGCUGCUGGAAACUCAUUCCUUUUCCUAGCCAUUAUGUUCAUAGGUCUUGGUGUGUUGUUGGUUGUAGUUGUUGGUGUUGGAUGGAAGUGUACUCCAAGAGGUCAUGAACCCUUGCAUGCACUCUUUAACCUUGGUGAUUUUAGGCACAACAGACGCACAAGACGACACCGUCACCACAGAAGGGAUGGGAGAUGGCAUGGUGGUUCCAUGUAUCCAGAAUUUCAGUAUCGUCGCCCACCACCAUCCUAUAAUGCAUCAAUGCAGGAAUAUCAACAUCAGCUAAUGGUAGCACAGCAGAAUCAGACACCUGAUAUAUAUGAUCCUGAAAACGUCCCCGAUGAGGAUUACAGUCUACCUAGUUCUCCUCCACCUUCGUAUCGUUCACGUGCGAGUACAGUUCGUGCUGGGAUACAAAUCACAUUCCCGCCGAAUCAGGGUGGUGAAUAUCCAGACUCUAGGCCACCUACAUAUAGGUCACAUCCAAGUAACACACUUCAAGGUCGGCAUUCUAGACCGUCUCUCUCUAGAGACGAUGAUGAUGAUAUAGAAAAUGCUGCCCCGGCUGAUGUAGCCUUUACUGGCUCGUCUGUUAUUGUUGACACAAACGCUACUUCCAAUGCUACAAAUAUCCAAAUAUCUCCAUCUCUUGCUUCCAAUCAAAAUGUGACAGUCUCUGUGACUACAGUUUCCGUGACAACGUCUCCGGCCACUCAGUCAGCGCAGGUACCUCCCAUACAAGGACAGUCUGCCUCACCAAGUGAGGCAGUAGAUAUUGUCGACCCAGUUGGAGAAGGGGAAGCUGACAGAGUAGAAACAGCACUUUAAUGAUUGUUCAAAUUUAGUGCUUCCUUUUCCAGUGUGUAUUAUAAACAUUUAAUCAAACACAAAAUAAAUUAGGCAUUACUCUUCACAUGUAUUGGUAUGAUUCACUGGUAAACUUAUGGGGUAAAUACGUCAAUGAAAUCACAGUUUCCUUAUACUAUUGUUUACAAUUGUGUUGUUAUGCCUGAAUUCUGAUUUAGUUUAACUUUGUUCAAAGUCUUAAUAAUUUAUUCAGAAAUAAGAUUUUGUUGAAGGUGCAUAAUUAUUUUUUUAAAUGCACAGAUUUAAUUUUUGUGAAAACAGAUGAUUCCUUUAAACUCCAUCAUUACAAAUUUUUUCUUACAGUAUACAUUACAAAUUUUUUCUUUCUUACAGUAUACCAUUACAGAUUUCAAUUUUGAAUUUACAUUGUACAGCUUCCAUGCUGUAAGUUGCUUAAGCUCUUGUUUAAACCACUGUGCACUGAUUUCUGGUCUUAAAUUUGACCUGGAUUUUUGCAUUUAUUAGUGAAACUUGAGCAUGUGUUCAUAGCUGUUUAUUUUGUUGUUUGUUUAUCCAAUGUGCUUAAUGUUAAAACAUAAUACUAGUGUUAUUUUUUUUGUGUUUUCAGUUCUUUGUUUUAGAUAGUUUUAGAUGGUUACUGUUGUAAAACAUUAUGUUAAUCAUUUAUUUUUCAUGUAGACUAUGUAUUCUACCCGCCAGAAGAGGGUGAAGUAAAAUAACUGUGUCAGAGUGUGUAUGUUCACCAAAGAAUAUAAGUAGCUUGGUUGGAUCGAAGACACUAGUUUAGCGUGACAUGCCCUAUCUAAUUAUAGCAAACAAGAGUGAAGAGUGAAUAAAGUUACCAACUUCUUUGCUAUCAAACUAUGGCCUAAAUUUUAUCUACAGAAAGAUUAUUUGUAGGUAGAUUGUAUAUGCUAUUAAAGUUUUCUACAGUCUCCCAUUUUAACAAACUUAUGUUUAGGUACAUUUAUAUAUUUUAUUGCAUCUUCUCUUGGUGUGAAGUCUACAUUUACUAUGAAUUGUUAAGUAACACAGUCUGGGCAGUGAAAGAUUGUAUAAUAUAUUGAGAUUAUAGUAAGAUCAAACUUUGAUUCGAUUCUCUCCCAUUAAUGUGGUAUUUUAUGAUAAGCUAAAAUGGAUUAAGCUUGUUUAGCUAGAUAUGGUGGUGAUGUCUAGUGUCAAGGUAAUAUAAUAGGGAUUACCUGCAUUAUUGGCAAUUAAAUGUUAUGUCAUGUGUAUUUAUCAGCAUAUAUUAAGUAUGUAAUAACACAAGGGACAUUAUCUGUGACAUUUUGUUUGAAAUAUUUAAUUGCAAUAAGAAUGGUGCCAGGUAUAAUAUUAGUUAAGAAGACUUACCUUUUCACCUGGUCCCUGUGUAUUAACUUACUCUUUGUUGCUUAUGGCAAACUCGAGCAGAGGUGUCAAAAUUUUUCACACCAUCGGCGGUCAGAAUGUAUCGGUUAAUUAAAAAUUUUCUCACAUUGUGAAAAUUGCAUGGUCUAUUCCCCGACUAUCUAAAAUGUUUGUUUGUCGGUAUAUUUGAUCUGAUAAUGAGAUUAAUUAUUGAUGAAAGGUUGAAGUAAAAUUUUAUUGAUCAAAAUUGUUAUUAAUUAUUACUUUUUUUUCUGCGGGAUCGAGGAGAUAAUUAUGAGAUCUUAAUAUUUUAAUCAACAGUUGUUUGCAUGCAAAUAAAGAAAAUAAGAUAGCAUUUUCAUAAAAUUGAGACGAUAAUUAUGAGAUCUUAUUUUGGAAAAGAAAAUUGCGAAUUCGAUUACAGUAUUUCAAAUAAAAAAAUGUCUUAGCUGUUUCUUCACAUGUGCCAUUUACGAUCUCUCAUAAAUAACGUUUGUAAUACGUUUUUUUGAAAAUGUCACGAGUGUGUUAUUAUAACACAUCACCGUUUCCUCUGCAAAUGGUCUCGAUGACAGUUGGUAAAACAAACUUCAAUUUACUUCGUAUGUUGGUCAAUGUUUGGGUCGCUCGAAACCAUGGAUAACUCGAGCAUUUUGCUCAUCCCCUUGCGACCUCGAGCGAGCGGUGUUUCACUGCUGUAUUUGGUAUAAAAAUUAUAAAGGGAUCAAAGCAUAUAUUCUUUAAAGAUAGCCGCCCCUUCUGUUAUUAAAAAGAAUUAUUAAGGCUAAAGGAAUUUUUUCUAUAGUUUUAUAGUUUUUGUCAUUUUUAGCUCCACUAUUCGGAGAAUAGGGGGGGGGGGGGGGGCUGUUCUACUCGCCCUGGCGUCGGCAUGACCUUUCUUGGUUAAAGUUUUUGGCAACAUUUGUUUUUCUGCCAUAUCUUUGUUACUAUUGCAUAUAUCUUACUGUAACUUCACAUAAACAUUGUCCAGCAUACAAACAAAGUAUGUGCAGGGGCUGGGCCCAUUAUACAUAAGGUCAAGGUCACCAAGGUGUUA